GUUUUCUCGGCCUGCCCACACUUAGCCGCAUCUCGCAUAAACCUACAGCACAUAUCAACCCAUCCCGCCAUGCAGCCCUUGCAAGUUCCCCCUCUGCUUCUCUUUUGCACAGGACGAUCUGCUGCAGAGUCGUCGGGUUUGCUUCCCGUGAACCCACCUACCUCUUUACCACUUUUCCCUCUACAGCUCCUCCAUAUGCCGUAUCCCGCCCCUGGACCCUUCCAUGUGCAACGUGUGCGCCAACACGGGGACGAUAAGCAGCUCUCCCCCGUCCUGUUACCCAAACUCAGAGUACAUACAUAUUGCCUCGUUCGGCGGGCCUGGUUCGGUCCAUCCCGUUGCAUUGACGUCGUCUCGCCUGACCGCCGUGGGCCAGACCCGGUCCACGGGUGACGGCAGCAGCGGCUAAAAGCAUUGGCAACAACGGUCUGGUCCCUCCAUCG